ACGGGUUACCGUCUCGGAAACUCUAUCACGCAAGCAAAAGGCGAGGGGGCGGCUAAUUAAAUAUUGAGCAGAAAGUCGCGUGGGGAGAGUGUCACGUGGCUCUCCAGGCUCAUCACGCCUGCGAUAAAUACGGCGAAGCAGGAGCAGGGACUAGAGCGCACUCCGACCAGCUCCACUCCAGCACCGCGGCCGAGGAGAGCGAGGAGCGCCCAGCAAGUGCGCACCUGCGGAGCAUCGCCGGGUCCGACCGCAAAAUCCAACAUGAAAAUCCUCGUGGCGGUGGCGGUCUUUUUUCUCGUUUCCACUCAACUGUUUGCAGAGGAAAUCGGUGCCAACGAUGAUCUAAAUUAUUGGUCCGACUGGUCCGACAGUGACCAAAUCAAGGAGGCAAUGCCGGAGCCCUUUGAGCAUCUUCUGCAGAGAAUCGCCCGAAGACCCAAGCCUCAGCAGUUCUUUGGAUUAAUGGGCAAACGGGAUGCUGAUUCCUCAAUUGAAAAACAAGUGGCCCUGUUAAAGGCUCUUUAUGGGCAUGGCCAGAUCUCUCACAAGAGGCAUAAAACAGAUUCCUUUGUUGGACUAAUGGGCAAAAGAGCUUUAAAUUCUGUGGCUUAUGAAAGAAGCGCAAUGCAGAACUACGAAAGAAGACGUAAAUAAACCCUGUAACGCACUAUCUAUUCAUCUCCAUCUGUGUCCGUGAGCAGUGAGCGGUAAAAUAAAAACGUGCGCUAUGAGGAAUGAUUAUUUAUUUAAUAUCAAAUGUUGUUAUGAGUGAAAAACUCAAAAAAGUGUUUAUUUUUUCAUAUUGUGCCAAUAAGCAUUGUAAUUCUAAUGUGGUGACCUCCUCAGACAGAAGUAGAAAUUAGUUGUAACUCAGCAAAGCACAGUGUUGAUGGAGUUGUACAAGUUUGCCAGCGAUGCAGUCUCCAAAGACAGAAAGGCUGCUGUGAGGCAGUGCAGGCGGCUGCUGCUGGAGGCAGAGAAACUCCUGUGUGUCUUGCGCUUCCCUUGGUUGCUUUUAUCCUAAUGAUGUACUGAGAGUUUGGUAUCUGACUCUAUUUGUAUCCUAGCAGCAUGUUUCCUGUGUUGUGACUAUAUAGAGAUGUUUUUAAAAGUUUCAAUGUACUUCUCUGGUCUUCAGUCAUUGUAUGAUGUGUUGUGAUAGCUACCAUUUUAAAUAAAAGAAUGUAUCUUCGGGAA